GACUUCCUUCACACAAGUUCAGCUUCAACAAGGAACCAAAUAACCAAACCCAAAAAAAAAAAAAAUCACCCGAUUCAUCUUUCAGAUCUGAAGUUUCAACCAACCUCAUGGAUUUCCAUUAAUCAAUCCUCUUCAUCCUGCAACAGAAGGAAAAAAAAAUUGAAGAAAUGGAAAAGUUAGCUCCGGGUCCUAUGUUGAUGCACGCAACACUGGCGAGUUCGUUUUACGAUUCGUCUUCGUCGUCGAUGGCGAGCAAGAAGCGCGAUCUGUCGUACGGCGUCGUUCGGAACGAUGAUAAUUGGAACCCUAAGGAAUGGAACUGGGACAGUGUGAGAUUUGUAGGGAAACAGGUUAACAACAACGAAGUCGAAGAAGAAGAAGAAGAACAAGAAGAGAGUUUGCCUUUACGAUUGAAUCUCGGUGGUGGUUGUGGCGUGUCUAGACCUAACAAGAGGGUUCGUUCGGGUUCACCUUCAUCUGGUGGUGGAACGGCGUCGUAUCCUAUGUGUCAGGUUGAUAAUUGUAGGGAAGAUCUAUCCAACGCUAAGGACUAUCACCGACGCCAUAAAGUGUGUGAACUUCACAGCAAAGCCUCCAAAGCCUUACUUGCUAACCAAAUGCAACGUUUCUGCCAGCAGUGUAGUAGGUUUCACCCUCUCUCCGAAUUUGACGAAGGAAAGCGCAGCUGUCGCCGUAGACUCGCCGGUCAUAACCGUCGCCGGAGAAAAACCUUGCCGGAAGAUGUUACCUCGACGUCUCCCCCUCCCGCCGCAGCAGCCGCCGCCGCCGCUAAUUUAGAAAUUUUCAACUUGUUGACCGCUAUAGCCGGUGGUUCACAAGGAAAAAUUGAGGAAAGAAGAUUGGAAGUUCCGGAUAGAGAGCAGCUUGUUCAGAUUCUUAAUAGGAUACCUUUGCCUGGUGAUCUUGCAGCGAAGUUGCUUGAUGUUGGUAAUUUCAAUGGGAAAAAAGGUCAUGUGCAAGUUCAAACGCAAAAUUCAGCCUCCUAUAAUGGUCAUGACCGAAUGAACGAAUUGAACCACGUGGCCUCUGGCCCCUUAACUAAGGACUUACUUGCUGUUCUUUCUGGCACUUUACCUGCGUCUGCUCCUGAUCCUGUUGCUUCACUUGCUCAGAAUCGCGGUGGCCGCGACAGUGAGGAACAUCAAUUCACUUCCGUUGGUGGAGAGAGAAGCAGUGGCAGUUCACAGUCUCCGGUUGAGGAUUUGGACUGCCCGGAGGAGGAUGUUCGAGUUAAUUUACCGCUGCAACUUUUUAGCUCCUCUCCGGAAGAGGAAAGCGCGCCUAAGAUGGCUUCAUCUUCGCGAAAGUAUUUGUCGUCAGAUAGUAGUAACCCUGUGGAAGAGGGGUCGCCGUCUUCGUCUCCUCCUGUUGUGGAGAUGCAGUUUGAUUUGCAGGGUGGGACUAGAGGUAUCAAGCCCGAUAGCAUUUCAAUUGGAAGAGGAGUCAAUGCAAAUAAGGAAGCUAGCCAAAGUCAUAGUUGUAAUAUCUCUCUUGAUCUCUUUAAAGGGUCAAAUAACAGGAUGCAACAACCUAAUUCACUUCAAAGUGUUCCAUUUCAAGCUGGGUAUACAUCUUCCAGCUCUGAUCAUUCACCUCCCAGUCUGAAUUCAGAUGCUCAGGAUCGGACGGGGAGAAUAAUGUUUAAACUAUUUGACAAGCAUCCUAGCCAUUUCCCUGGAACACUGCGAACACAGAUUUACAACUGGCUUUCCAAUAGGCCAUCAGACAUGGAGAGCUACAUAAGGCCUGGCUGUGUGGUCCUAUCAAUUUAUGCAACAAUGUCUUCUGCUUCCUGGGAGCAACUAGAGGAAAACUUCCUCCAACGUGUUCAUUCUUUAAUUCAAAAUUCAGAUUAUGAUUUUUGGAGAAAUGGAAGGUUUCUAGUUCAUUCUGGCAGUCAGUUAGCAUCACACAAAGAUGGAAAGAUACGCUUAUGCAAACCAUGGAGAACAUGGAGGUCUCCAGAGUUGAUAUCUGUGUCCCCUUUGGCAAUUGUUAGUGGAGAAGAAACCUCUGUUUUGUUGAAGGGUAGAAACCUGUCAACUCCUGGCACAAAGAUUCAUUGCACAGGUACUGGCUGUUACACAUCAGCCGAAGUUAUAGGACCUGCCUAUCCUGGUAUGACUUAUGAUAAGAUAAAACUCGGUGGUUUUAAAGUUCAGAAUGCGUCUCCUGGUGUUUUGGGCCGCUGUUUCAUUGAGGUUGAAAAUGGUUUCAAGGGUGACAGUUUUCCAGUGAUAAUAGCUGAUGCAACCAUUUGCAAGGAAUUGAAACCACUUGAGUCCGAAUUUGAUACGGAGGAAAAAAUAUGUGAUGCUAUUUCAGAUGAGCACGAAUGUCAUUUUGGAAGGCCCAGGUCAAGGGAGGAGGCUUUGCACUUUCUGAAUGAGCUUGGCUGGCUGUUCCAAAGAGAAAGGUUCUUGUAUGAGUACGAGGUUCCAGAUUAUUCACUUGACAGGUUCCAAUUUGUACUCACUUUUGCAGUGGAAAGAAACUGUUGCAUGUUAGUCAAAACCCUUCUGGAUAUGCUGGUUAAUAAACACUUUGAAGGGGGAUGGUUAUCAACAGGGUCAGUGGAGAUGCUGAAUGCUAUCCAACUCUUAAAUAGAGCAGUGAAAAGAAAGUACGUAAGCAUGGUUGAUUUGCUCAUCCACUAUUCUAUACCUAGCAAUAAUGAUACGUCCAGGAUAUAUGUAUUUCCACCGAAUCUUGAGGGCCCUGGUGGUAUUACACCGUUGCACUUGGCAGCAUGUACAUCGUUUUCUGAGGGUGUAAUUGACUCUUUAACAAGUGACCCACAGGAGAUUGGGUUGAAGUGCUGGGAAUCCCUUGUGGAUGCAAGUGGGCAGACUCCACGUGCCUAUGCCAUGAUGAGGAAUAAUCACUCUUAUAAUGUGUUGGUUGCCCGUAAACUUGCUCAUAGACAAAGAGGUGAUGUGUUAGUAACAAUUGACAAUGAGAUAGAGCAAUCAUCACUAAGAGUUGAGCUUAAGCAAAAGCUAAGUAACCAAGUCAAACAAGGUCAGAAUUCUUGUGCCAAGUGUGCGAUUGCAGAAAUUCACUACAACAGAAGAGUUGCAGGUUCCCAGGGCAUGCUUCACCGUCCUUUCAUUCAUUCAAUUCUAGCUGUUGCUGCUGUUUGUGUGUGUGUUUGUCUGUUGUUUCGUGGAACUCCUUUCGUAGGCUCAGUUGCUCCCUUCAGGUGGGAAAAUUUGCAUUAUGGCACAUUCUAAUUGUAGUGCUAAUGGUCAAUGAAAUUCAGAUAAAGGGAAUGGAAGGCAUAAAAUCGGGGGGAAACCCAAUUGUUGCCUUUUUUCCUCACAUGGCAAAACUGCUUUUGUGGGAAAAUGGGGCAUUUUGUGAUGAGAGCCCCAAUGUAAACAUAUCAUAUGUUAAUGUGGAGCUAUGUUUGGCGAUCCGGGAGAAACAAGAAAACAGGGCUGGCUCGGUACUGAUUCUGAAUGUUUAUCAGUUGGUGUUGGAAUUUCAGAAUCAAAGAAAUCUUAAGCUUUUUGGACCAGAUAAAACAUGAGCUCCCAAUUUAGGUUGCAAUGGUGAAGUAUGGCCACAAGCACAAACAAUUACGAGAGCAAUAAGCUUUCGGAAUAAAGAUAACCGUGGUGAGUAAAUGUUGGUUGUUGAUGUGGUCAAUACUUUGGUUCAUUGCCUCCUUUCUUUACCAACCGUCAAACGGGAAGAAUUCCCUGCUUUAUUGUUCCCUUUAAUUGUUCAGUGUUAGUCGAAAUUACAAGAACAAGGUAUUCUGAUGCAUGUAUUUCGUUACUGUAAAGUUAAUUUCAGUAUACUGAUCAUAGAGCUGACCAUACUAUAUUAUUAGAAAGUGUAAUAUAUAUUUUUUAUUAUAUCUAUUUUAA